CGGUUCAGCUGUUUGUUUGAGCUGAGCGUUUGGUCGAGAAGCACGCCGCGUCACCUUAGUUCCACGUCCGUGUCUCUCCGGUGUUUGGAGCAGGACAGGUACGCGCAGUGUUUGUUCAGGGUAUAGUGGAGAGCUGCCGCUCACAGAUGGAGUCUCUCUUGGACCGCUGGCUGUGGCGUCAGGAGUACUGGCUCCCGCCAGGCGUCACGUGGGCUGACAUGGUAGAGACAGAGAGCGUCCAGUACCCGCAGCCUCGCGACCUGCUCAUCACACUCCCCCUCUCCCUGGUCUUCAUCGCUGCUCGCUACGGCUUUGAGAGGCUGGUGGCGCUGCCUCUGAGCCGGAAAAUGGGAGUGAGGGACACCACCCGGCCGGUUCUGGCGGUCCAGAAUGUGACCUUGGAGGUGUUUUACAAGCAGCAAAGCAGGAGCCCAUCACAGAGUCAGUUCCACAGCCUAUCUAAACAGUGUGACCUCUCCCAGAGACAAAUCGAGAGGUGGUUCCGUCUCCGUAGAAACCAAGACAGGCCCAGCAACAGCAAGAAGUUCUGCGAGGCCUGCUGGAGGUUUACCUUCUAUAUGAUAGCCUUCCUCGCUGGCCUGGCUGUUUUGGUUGAUAAACCCUGGUUUUGGGACCCAAGUGAAUGCUGGGUUGGCUAUCCGCAGCAACCCCUACAGACCUCCCAGUACUGGUACUACAUGACUGAACUGGCCUUUUACUGGUCUUUGCUGCUCAGAGUCUCGUUCGAUGUCAAACGAAAGGAUUUUAAGGAGCAGGUCAUCCAUCACAUCGCCACCAUUUUCCUGAUGGGAUUCUCGUACUGUGCUAAUUACAUCAGAGUGGGAACACUGGUGCUGCUGGUGCACGAUGCCUCUGACUAUCUCUUGGAAUCAGCCAAGAUGUUUAACUACGCCGGCUGGAGGAGGGUGUGUGACUCCCUGUUUUUCGUUUUCACUGCUGUCUUUCUGGUGACCCGGCUUGUGGUGUUUCCAGUCAAAGUGCUCUACACCACUUGGUAUCUCUCCAUGGAGAACUUCCAGCCCUUCUUUGGCUAUUACUUCUUCAACGCCCUGCUCCUGGUCCUGCAGCUCCUCCAUGUUUUCUGGGCCUUGCUCAUCCUACGCAUGGUCUGGAAGUUUGUCGUCCAGGGCAGGGUUGAGCGAGAUGAGAGGAGUGAUGAGGAGGAGAAUCACACAGAGGAGGAGGAGGAGGAGGAGGAGGAGACUCGCUGGGAGAGGAGGAAGUGCACCUUCGACUCCAAACUCCCCUCGCUGGCCAACAACUGCGUGCUCAACAACUUGACCAACCAGAGGAACGGUGCACCCAGCAGGCAGCCAAAAGCCCGCUAACAAAUCACGAAAAUGCACCAACAGAAAAAUACAGCAGAUGAACUGCAUAUCUAGUACAUCAUUUGAAACCCUUUUCUCUAAUGCCUCCCAUUGACACAUGGCUUGAUGACGAUGGUGAUGAUUGCACUCCACACCAGCAGAGAUCCUCUUGCUGAUAAUAAAGCUGACACUUGGCAAUUGGUCUCAGGAGAGCCAUGGAGUCUCCAACUGUGGAACUACUAGGGUGAGGCAGGGGGUGAAACUGAUUAAACUUUUUGACUAUGUGACUCACAACUUUUAUAAUUAUAAUAAUAAUAAUAAAUUAUUUGAUUCAGAUAUCUUUUGCAUUGUUUUCUAAUGAGCCCAAAAAGGGGAGUCUGCACCCAACAGAAUAUUAAGAGUUCAUGCUAUGUAAUGUGUUUAACUUAUUGCACGUGCUUGUGUCUGAACAAUGCUCCACUUUCAACUGUUGCCCUCCCACAUGUAUGCUAAUACAGCCUCGUGGAUUUACUGAGACUGAAUGACUGUGUUGUAACAGGGGGGCAAUGAUAUUACUGUGAUGGUACUCCCAAUUGUACAAGCCUUUCUUUCCAAACCAAAACGAAUGCAGAGCCUCAUCACUCUAAAUACACUGUUUAAACUGUAAAGCACCUUGCUCUAUUAAGUGUACCGACGCACAGUCGCAGAGCUGCUGUACCACUCACCCGCCUGUAGUUGCUGGAGCUGUCUCGGGUCGGGUCGGGUCAGACUGAAGGGGGCGUGUCUGUCGUACCCCUGGUUGUAACAUAAUGAUGGUCCAGUCAGAAGCGAGGCUGUGUCAGUGUGCUGCAUGUCAGGAGGUGGAGCGGUUCAGUGCUGAGGUUUGUUCUCAAGACAGCCAUUCCCAAUCUUGUUGUUUUUUAAUUUUAAUAAAAUAUAUUUUAUUGCA